AUGAUCUCAGUGCCACACCGACACCUGCAGAGUCGCAGGGGGGUCCGACACCCCUCAGAAGGAACUCGCAGACCGUCCGAGAAAGCGAAUUCUCCAGGGGGUCAGCAGUUAGAUGAGGCCCAGGGCAGCCACGAGACCCUCCAGCCAGGAAAGACAAGGACACCGCGGCAACGACGCCGAGAUCCGGGAACCUCCGCGAGGCCCGCGGCCACUCCCGAGCCCCCGGGAGAUGACUUCACCUCGCGGAGCUCAGAGAGCCGGGGGUGGGGCCGUCGGAAAGACAGCGCGGACAGCCCUCAGCUUGCAGGGGGCGGAGGCCGGGCAGCCUGCGCCCUCCGAGCCAUUGUUCUGCGGCCCAGGCCCAUGAUCACCCUCCUCUCAGCCCACGGACAGGAACGGCCGCUGCAGAGCCGCCAGGAGGAGGGUGGAUCUUCCCAGAGCAAAGCGUCGGAGUCCUCCUCCUCCUUCUCCUCCUCCUCCUUCUCCAGCCGCCCAGGCUCCCCCGCCACCCGUCUGACUCCUCCUUCGACCGCUCCCGGCGCGGGGCCUUCCAGGCGACAAGGACCGAGUACCCUCCGGCCGGAGCCACGCAGCCGCGGCUUCUGGAGCCCUCGGGGCGGCGGACUGGCUCGCGGUGCAGGUCAGGGCUGCGAUAAGACCCGGUCACGGGUGACCCUGCAGGAGUGGAAUGACCCUCUUGACCAUGACCUUGAGGCCCAGCUCAUCUACCGGCACCUGCUGGACGUGGAGGCCAUGCUGUGGGAGAGGCACCGGGAGCUGAGCGGGGGCGCAGAGGCAGGCACGGUGCCCACGAGCCCUGGCAAAGUCCCCGAGGACUCAUUGGCCCGGCUGCUCCGGGUGCUGCAGGACCUCCGCGAGGCCCAUAGCUCCAGCCCGGCCGGCUCCCCACCCUCAGAGCCCAACUGCCUCCUGGAGCUGCAGACGUGAGGCCCGCCCUACGCUCCCCUUGCUGAGUCCCCUGCCAAGCGCUCGGAGCCCCCCCAGGACACUCUGCACCCCCUCACCCCGGUCCUCCUCAUUAGGGUGCAGGGCCUAGGUCUCUUCCAAGUGAGGGAGGGGGGAGAGUCAGGAAUAAGGGGAUCUCAGAAGUGCAGAACUGAGCAGGCUUGGGCCUGUCAUGGCUUGCCUGAAGUGUCCCCAGCUCCCUACAGCCGCUGUAGCCAUCACUGCCUCUCCAGGGACCCUCCUCUCCUGCCUAGGACAGACCCAAGCAGAACCACUGCUAGGAUGGGCCACACCCAGGGGUCUGGCCUCCAGGGACCUAGAGAAUGGGAGGGAGAACGGGGCCCCAGGAGACCCGGCCGCCACCCCACCCGCUACCCUUGGGUGCCACAGGGCUGUGCUGUUGCCAACAGUAAACCUGCUGUUACUGUCCAGGCUCUGGGGUCUUGUGAUGAGGGUCUGGGGAGAAAGUGGGCCCGGGGGGACCCCGGAGGCUGUCGGUGGAUGUGCCGAUGAUGGGGCUGACAGUAUGGGCUCUGGGCAUCCCUGUUCCCCCCUCUUUCUUCCCCCCACUCUUCUGGGGUCGGGGGUUCCUUUCCCUUCCCAGUUGCUGUCUCUGGGUCCCCUCUUUCAUGUCCCACAGGCCACAGAGCCCAGUGUGUCCAACCAGCUGUUCUCUCCUCAAAGCAGCCCCCAAGCAAGUCCCUUCUCUAGGGUGUCCCUGAGGACAGCACAGAGGCGGGACUCAGAGACCCCAUUCCUCUUCACGCAGCCCUUACCCCAAGCCCUCUAGCUGUGUGGCUGGCAGUGUUGGCCACGUAGGGGCUCCCAUCCCCCCACCAUUGUGUCACAUGGGCUGCCAGGCUCAGCUCCCAGCUGCGUCCACAGUGACCUGGAUCAGGGUGGGGACAAGGACUGGACCCUCCUUCUCCAGAAGGCCUUCAGCUCUUGCCUUGCCAUGCAGUCACCUCCUUCCCCCUCUGACCCCAGAUCCCAAAGGUGCACCGUUGCCCCAGCCCCUUUCUGGCCCCAUGGGGUUUCUCUGAUGCCUUCCUCAUAGAGGCCCGGGGCUGGUCCGAUGGUUGGCAAAACUUGACUCCGGCCCAGUCCCCACUCUUGGGGACUUAGAACCCCUGGUGUCCUGGGAUCUGGCCUGCCUUUCUUUGGUCAGUCCCUGUGGUCCCCCACCAGCUCCCCCUCCCAUAGGGCUGCCCACCAAGCCCUGCCCCCAGCCCAAGAGGAGCCCCCACUGCCUGCGGGGCAGUGAUGUCUGGCCACCGGCUCACACCAAUGACUUGGUCCUGGGGUGGCAGAAGCAGCAGGUGACAGGAGCAGGGCCCCUGUCCCUCUCUUCUGGCCCUGUGGCACCCAGGCCACACGUUUUGCCCGCUCUUGGGGCUGACCGGCUGCAGGGACCACCAGCCGCUGCUACUGUGGGCCGCCCCGGGGCAGGGUGGGCAGGGCCUUUGUGAGUUAUGAGGACACAGAAGUCCCUGAGGCCCCCAGACCUGGCUCAGCCAACCUCUUUCCUCCCCCGGUUGCCCCCCACUCUAAAGCCUCCUCCCUCCCAGCGUCCACUGGCUCCAGGCUCCUCACAACAGCAGCUCAUAGACACAGGGCGUCUCCAGGUGGUCCCAGCCCUCCAGAUGUUUCUAGCUCUCCAGGUGGGCGCUGUUUUCACGUCUGCCUGCAUCCAUUCAUUCCUUCAUUCCUCACCUUUAUCCUGUUAUCUCUAUUUUUUUAAGCUACCAGGAAGGAAAGGGAAGAAGAGAUCACGAAACUGGGACCCCCAGAAGGGAGGAGUGGGCUUUGAACUUAGACAUCUAUCUCAGAGCUCAAAUAGGUUGUUUAAAAUCACAUUCAAUUUUCAGAUGAAGGGGAACUUUAUAGUUUUUUGUUGUUUUUUUUUUUUGAGACAGAGUCUCACUCUGUUGCCCAGGCUGGAGUGCAAAUGGCUUGAUCUUGGUUCACUGCAACCUCUGCCUCCCAGGUUCAAGCAAUUCUCUUGCCUCAGCCUCCCGAGUAGCUGGGACUACAGGCGUGUGCCACCACGCCCAGCUAAUUCUUGUAUUUUUAGUAGAGACGGAGUUUCUCCAUGUUGGCCAGACUGGUCUCGAACUCCUGACCUCAGGUGAUCUGACCGCCUUGGCCUCCGAAAGUGCUGAGAUUAUAGUUGCGAGCCACUGUGCAUGGCCAGAACUUGAUAAUAAUUAAAAGAGACUUGAAGCUGGGUGUGACGGUGCACACCUCUAGUCCCAGCUACUCGGGAGGCCAAGGCAGAAGGAUCACCUUGAGGCCAGGAGUUUAAGGCCAGCCUGGGCAACAUAGCAAAACCUAGUCCCUAAAAUUUAAAAAAAAAAAAAAAAAAAAAAGAAAAAUAAA